AUGAAUUCGGAAGAAAAGAGUGACGCGAGGUAUUUCCCAUCUGAAACAGAGACCAACAUAUUGGUUAACUACCUCAAAAUAUAUUUUUCUAAUCCAGAACGUUCAGUUAAACGCUCACAAGUUGUUCAAGAUGUUGUAAAAAUCCUGUCUGAAAUGAACUCACAUUGGAAUCAUAGAACUGUUAGAUUAUGGUUUAACAACAAUAAGAAGCUCCUUGGCCAUAGCCAACCUCAACAAAAUUCUCAGCCAUCAUCUCAAGAAACAAUGUUUGACGCUCCUGUUCAAAUAGUACCCAAAAACGUAUAUUUACCCCCAAGACCAGCAUCAGCAGCUACAGUACUCCCUUAUUUUGACCAAUCAAAUUAUUAUGACCAGAAUAUGUACGCACAGCAACAGUAUCAACCAGUUCAACAGCUUUUACCAUCAACAGUUUCGAUGGUUCCUCCCAAACCUACAUCAAUAUCAGCACAAUUAGAAACUCAAAAAGAAUUCCUUUCACAGCCACAACCAAUUGACGUAUACAACCGUGCUGAUCAGAUGCUUCAUAACGCCAUACUUAACUCUAACAUACAGAAAUGGGAUGAAUUCGUUCUUCCUCAAACUGGCCAAAAAUCAAUUUUCGACAGGAACUCGAUAUCAUAUAACGCACAUCAAUUUAAUUAUACACUACCCGUAGAUAUUACUCCAUUUGAUACAAUUGAUGCUAGUUACUGCUCAAAUAAGUCACCAGCGAUUAUUAUCUCAGAUAAGACACUUACUGUCGAAAAACAUACUGUAGAAUUACCACUUACAUCAUACGCAACAUCAAUUACUGUCAAUCCAGCUGAUGGAUCCAUCUGGACUUACUCAGGAAAUACAAUUUACGGAAUUGACACAAAUCUUGAAUUAAUUGCUCAAGUAUCAACAGGAAAUCAUGUUUCUAAAUCAGCAGCACUUACUUUCCUUGACGAUCAACUAGUUUUUGCAACAAAUUCUUAUGUAUCUUGUUGGUCACUCUCAGGAAUCCAAGAAAACUCAAUGUCACUUGGAUUUUCAACAUAUAUGACAUCUAUAUCAGCCAUAUCUCCAAUCGGUGAUUGUUUAUUGCUCAGUUCAUGUGAUAAUCAUUCCAUUUACAUGUUUGCUAAGCAAGGACUUUUAAUUCAGAGGUUUGUUGGUCACUGCGCAGGAGUCACUUCACUUUCUACCGUAAACGAGAAUGUUUUUCUCACAGGAAGUGCCGAUCAAACAAUAAGAAUUUGGGAUAAAAGACAAGGCCCACAAUUAACACUUUGCAGACACAAUGGAAUAGUUACAAGUGUUUGCGCAAGUGAUGAUGGCAAUUUGAUAGCAAGUGGUGGCACUGAUAAUAUCGUGAGAGUUUGGGAUUUAAGGAAGAGCGAAGUUUGUUUUGGAGGAAAAUGUUCUUCUCCUCCUCAAUCUUUGGCUUUAAACGACAAUGUAUUGACUGUUGUAACAAGCGAAGCUGUUGAAGAGAAGUAUUAUAACAAUUGCAAGUUUAUUGACCCCGUCUAUGACGAGAAUAUCCCUCAAAACGGACUUCUUCAUUAUCAGAUUUUUUAA